AAAAAAAUAAUUGGACAGUUGCUUGAUUAAGGAGUGGUAGAAGAGUCAUUGUGACAGUUACUAAUAAUCUAUCUAUCUAUUCCAAUUCCAAUGCCAAUUUAUUGAAAGCAAGCUUAGUUCCACUUGAGCUUUCUUUCCACAAAUCACUCUUGCAAAGAAAACCUUAGUGUCACCAACUCCAAAGCUUUCAUCUUCACUUUCAACUAUCACAAUUCACAUCCAAAAGCACUUACAAAAAUAAUCACUUCUUCUAGUGCUUCCAAUCCAAACCACCAACAACCAUCAUAUUCCUACUUAAUCUUCACCAUAAUUCACUCUGAAACUCAAAUUUAAGAGCGCAAUGGAAUCAGAUAAUGGUGUUAUUAUGGAAGACGAAAAACAUGUUAUUGGAGAAACAACUAAGGAGAAUAUACAUAGAGAAAUUGAAGAUAACUCUAAUGCAGAAAUUCAGACCGAAAAUGAAGUAUCUCAAUCUAUAGUAGUAUCUGAAGACAACAAUUCUGUGGUUAUUAAAAACUCUGAAUGUGCCAAGGAACCUUGUGCCAAAAGUGGUGUAGCUUCAAAGAAGACUAAAUCUACCUCCAAAGAUAAACCGAAUUUGAAGGCUGCAACUUCGUCGUCUCAAAGACAACAAAACCUUUCCAAGAGUGUUAGUUUCCCGUCCAAAACGGCUCGUGUUGAAGUGAUGAAGAAAAGCACUGAUGGGAUUCUUCUGAAGACAGAAAAUAAACAUGCUCAAACUGUGGCUUCAACUCUUCAUUCAAAAAAGUUGACAAAUUCAAAAGUGAACACAAAAGAAGCAACAAAAAACCAUGGAAAUUCUAAACAAAGGACUUCUUUGACUUCCAUCAAUAGCUUUAAAAGCUCUGAGAAUUCAAACCCCGCGAAAAGUGAAAAUCCAAAUAAAGAAGACGACGAUGUCCGUUCGACAACUUCAAGUCUUACGCUGCGGAGGAAGAGCAUUGGUUCUGGAUUUUCCUUCCGAUUGGAAGAACGAGCUGAAAAAAGAAAAGAGUUCUUCUCGAAGUUAGAAGAGAAAAUUCAAGAAAAGGAAGCGGAGAUAAGUAAUCUGCAAGAGAAAUCAAAGGAAAGCCAGGAGGCGGAGAUCAAGAAAUUAAGAAAGAGGAUGACAUUCAAAGCAGCUCCAAUGCCAAGUUUCUAUAAAGAACCUCCUCCAAAAGUUGAACUCAAAAAGAUACCUACAACACGUCCAAAAUCACCAAGGCUCGGAAGAAACAAAGGCUCUAUUGGGAACAACAGUUCAGAAAACAAAUCUAGUUCUAGUGCCAUUGCAAAAGUAAAAGGUUAUAAAGACAUGAGUUCGAAGAAACCGAUCAGAAAAACACAAGCCAAUGUACAAACGCAGGAAAUUGCAGUCACAAAAACAGAAAUGGAUUCUGUCGAGUAUGUUACAAAUGACAUUAGAGUAAUAGAGCAAGAUGCGAAAGCGGAUAUAGGAGAAGGCAAUGAAGAAAGUAAAGAUCCACCUCUUGACAUUACUGAAUACCAAAAUGAGAUGGAACUAGAGUCACUAAAUGAACUUGCUAAGAGCAGUACAUUGGUCCUAAAUGCAUCUACAUCAGAAAUUGUAUCCUAUGAAGUUACUGUUGGAGUGUAGAUUGGUGUAUCAGGCUGGAGAGUAUUUAUGUAAACUCAGGAUUUCUUGUUGCCAGUUAUUUCAUUAUUAUAUUGUGAAUAGAGGUUGCUUCA